GCUGCAGUUCCAAACUUCACGAAAUGAUAUACAAUUAGAGCGGCAUUACAGAUAGAGUGAUGACUUUGGACACGUGUUGACUUACUGAAUCCCGACAGAAGGAGAGAAAUGUCAGCCCGGCCAGCAGGAGGGGAGAGCCGGCCGGGGUUAGGGUCUAGACAAGUAACGAGGAACCUUAGCGCGAGUGGCGACAGGAACGAUGGAAACGCUAUGAUGAGCGAUGAAAUUCGCUCAGAGGUCCGCCGUAUCGUACCAGCGCUGACAGAUGACCGUUUCAAAGGACAGUCCGGCAAAAUUGCCGUGCUGGGCGGCUGUACGGAGUAUACCGGGGCGCCAUACUUCGCGGCUUUCGCGGCGUUGGCUGUGGGUGCCGACUUGUCCCAUGUGUUUUGCUCCACGCGUGCCGCCCCCGUCAUCCAGCAGUACAGCCCCGACCUGCUGGUGCACCCCUACUUCAUGCAGACAGCGGACCUCAUGCAAACACUAAAGCCAUCCCCUGUCGCCGACAGCACCGCAACCACCACCAACACCGCCGCCGCCGCCGGCUCCGGCCCCUCCCCCGCCGCCACCUCCACCUCCGCCGCCGCCGCCCAGGCUGCCGCCGCCGCCGCGCACGUGGCUGAGGCGACAGCGGAGGUGGAGAGCUGGUUCAACCGGCUGGACUGCCUGGUGGUGGGGCCGGGGCUGGGGCGAGACCCGCUGCUACUGGACAUCGCCAGGUCUGUCAUCCUGCGCGCCCGUGCCGCCAAGCUGCCGCUGGUGCUGGAUGGGGACGGGCUGUUCCUGGUGGCGCGGGAGCCGGAGCUGGUGGCAGGCUACACCAACUGCGUGCUGACCCCCAACCUGAACGAGUUCCGGCGGCUGAGCUCCACGCUGGGCGUGUCGCUGCACGGCCCCAACAACGACCGCUCCUCCAAGCUGCUGGAGGUGACCAGCCACCUGCAGGGGCCCACGCUGGUGUCCAAGGGGCCGGUGGACGCCAUUUGUGAUGGCAAGGUCACCAUGAUUUGCAACGCCAGUGGAGGCGCCAAGCGCUGCGGCAGUCAAGGCGACAUCCUGGCCGGCACCAUCGCCACCUUCAUCGCCUGGACACUCGCCUUCCUGGAGGCGGCGCGCAAGGCAGCCGAGGUGGACGUGGUCAUCCUGCCUGAGAUCAACCCCAUGGUCCUCGCCUCGUACGGCGCAUGCCUCGUCACCCGUACGGCAGCAGCGUAUGCGUUUGCGAGCCGUAAACGAGCCAUGGUGGCAUCGGACAUGCUGGCGCAGCUGGGGUCAGCGAUGGAGAUGUUGUUUGAUUCGGCUGGGGGUGCGGGCGCGGGAGGGGG